AUGAACCAGUUAAGUGUUUCAUUUAUUAGUUCACGUGUUACAACGCUGCUUCUGUUGUUCCACGCCAUGGGCGACCGCAUUCCAAAGAUCUUAUUUGAUCGUGCGUUAAUCACUCAACGACGAAUCGACAUGCAUGGCAAACACUAUGAAGUCACGCCAAAGGCUGCCGGUGUUGAUAAGGACCUUGCCGCUCUACUAUCAGAAGAAGUAGUCUUCAAGUAA